AUGGUGCUGCGCGUGCUGGCGUGGGCUGCGGCUGGGAGCCUAUGUCUUGCAGAAUAUGCGCCGGAAUGCCCGUGCAUCAACGCAUCUUCAACCCUUUUUACGGACUUGCAGACAGAACUGGUGGCUCAGGGCUUGGAUGCAAGCUACGGCACGACCGGAUGCGAUGCAUACGAUGCAAACAGCUCUUCGGUGGGUUGCGAAUCCAAUGCUGCUCCUCACUGCAUGAACCAAUGGUGUUACGUGGAUAUGACUUUGUGCCCAGUAAACAAGCUUCUUUGCUUGGCUGAGGGAGGCUUGGAGGGAAGUGAUGCUUCCCCACACUGCCGCACGCGGCCACAUUCCAGAACUACCAUGCAAACCAACAUGUCUCUGUACUACAGCUACGAAACCUGCGGGUACAUGAACAACUAUGAUUUGAGUGCACUGUUUUCCCAACUUGGUGGGACGGCCAUCAAGGUCGCAGCAUCUGCCUAUGGUUCUUGGGUGAUUCUCAAGCAAGAUGCCCUGGGUCAGGACGUUUUCGGUGGAGCACUCUAUGACCUUUUCGUCGAAUCCUUGGUCCUCAUUCAGCCCCCACCAGUAAUGAAGCUUAUACCCGGAUGGGCUACGCAACAGUCCCGGGCCAUUUUUCCGUCGUCGUCAUACACAGCCUGCGUGCACGACGUAGGCAUCGGGGUCUUCGAUGUGUGCGUCGCGGACUUGUGGCUCACCCCUGAGAGGCAGCAGUUGUCAACGUUCUCGCCCACUUUGAGGGAUGACUACUUCUAUUUGGUCGUGCCAACAACGCUGCAGGAUGCUAGCUUCUCUGAACGAUUGCUCAGACCCUUCCUUCCAUUCACCCUAGAAGCUUGGGCAGUUCUUGCAGCAUUUCUGUGCGGGAUGUCACUGCUCCUGUACUUUCUGCACUACUUCGAGCAGGGCCAGGGCUGUCCUGGUCCUGUCCGAGGGUUCUCGGAGGUUCCUGAGCUAGGCAAGACUUGCUUCAACGUGUGGCAUGACUUUUUGCUCGGGCAGAGCACUGUGGAGACAGAGAGAAGCCCAGCACUCAAGCUUUUGAGCCUUGGGUUUUCCUUCUUCGUCCUGGUCACUCUUGCAAGCUACACAGCAAGCUUGGCUUCAAUGCUGGUUACUCAGAAGCAAGCCGUCUCACCGAUUUCCAACAUUCAGGAUGCCAUCGAUCUCGAAGUUCCCAUCUGCCUCGUGUCUCAGCUUGUCCCGACUUUUACCCAAGUGUAUCCACGUGCCAUCUUUGUGAACAUCGGAAGUGGCAUGGAGGAUGGAGCCCGUAAUAUCUACUCCGGGAACUGCGGUGCCAUGAUCCUCUCACAAGACCUCAUCGACAGGCUCCAUGCGGGGCUAGUUCAGGAGAAUGACUGUGCAGAUCUUGCCGCCGGUUCAAUCACUGAGGAGGAGGCCCACUGCAGGACAGAUUCUAAAGGAAACCCGCGAAACGACUGUAAAUUUGACAGGGUCGGAGAUAUCCUUUGGGCUAUUCCUGUAGCUUUCCCAUUGAGCCAAAGAGCAUUGCGAAGCUUGUCAUACUCACUCACAACUGGGCUAGCUCGAGGCAUGUUGCAGGAUGCGAUUCGUGCGAACGAAUUUGCCUUUCCUGCUCCAAAUUGCGACAAGGCUCUGGAGAGGAGCGAGCUUGGUGGCCUUCAGGCUGGUGACAUGGUCGGUACCAUCAUGAUCUCCGUCUUGAUCUUAGGCGUCGGGGUUGCCUGUUGCGCGGCACAGGCUGUGGCCAAGAGGUUGUGGCCACAGGUGGAAGCGAGCGAGCAUCCAGAUGCAAAUGAAGAAGCAGCGAUCGGUGAAGCUGAACAUCCACAAGCAAGCGAGGAGGCAACGGCCAGUCAAGCUGAUGAGAUUCAUGUUAGUACACUGUGA